AUGGCCAGUCGCAUACCAAAAUCCGGCGAAGGUUACCUUUGGAGUCCUGUUGGAGCAGUCGAAGGACUUGAGACUAAAGCUGCAAUCGCCAGUCCCCAAACAUGUCACGAUUCUUACGACAUUAUCGUUAUCGGCACUGGAUUCGCCGGCCUCGUCGCAGCUCGAGAUAUCUCACAGCACAGCAACGCCAAGGUAUUGCUAGUGGAGGCACGAGAUCGCAUUGGCGGCCGAACAUGGACGGCCAGAGUAGCAGGGGAAGACAUCGAGAUGGGCGGCACCUGGGUGCACUGGAACCAGCCCCAUGUGUACAAUGAGCUACAUCGGUACGGGUUACAUUCGAAGCUCAAGACAUCAGCAGGCACUCUGCGUCCAGAGAAACAGUAUUACAAAGCCGCCGGUAUGGUGCUACAGGAAGUGUCACCGAUCGAAGUCAAUGAGAUGUCUGAGAUGGUCGCUGCCAGGAUGUUUCAGAUUGACGGCCACGAUAGCAGGACUUUGAUGCCAUAUCCGCACGACCCACUCCGCGAACCAACGCCCUGGAAGCAGUACGACCAUCUCAGCAUACGGCAGCGACUUGACCAGCUGCACGACAUCCCGCAAGCCGACAGAAAUACCCUCGAGAGCCUAAUGAGCUCUUUCGGCAGCGCGCCGGGCUCGAAGAUAGGGUUUCUCGAAGCUCUUCGAUGGUACGCCCUUGGAGGGCACACCAUGGCGGGGCUGUUUGAGCUUGCAGGUAUCUUUAAACUUGGAGGAGGUGGCAUGACGGCUCUUGCGCUGGCGAUCUUGAGCGAUUAUGAGGGCGAGGUGGUGUUGAACACCCCUGUCAAGGAGAUCGACCAGGACUCUGGGGGAUUCACGGUCUCAACAAGGUCGGGACAAAACAUUAGGGCUAAAUCGGUGAUAUCGACGAUACCGCUAAACUGCCUCAGUGACAUUGUCUUCAACCCGCCACUGAGUCCGCUGCGCCAGCAAGCCAUCCGUGACGGACACAUCAACAUGGGUGCGAAGAUCCACUUCAAACUCGCAAGCAUUCAGCCUGGCUGGUUCGCAUUCUGCGAAAGCACACCCACGUCGCCAUACUGCUUUGCGUUCUCUGACCACAACGGCACCAAAACUAGCGGAACAGACGGAACCUGGUGUAUUGGAUUCGGCUAUGGUGGACACCUUACUGAUAAGACCGAUUCCAAACAUAUCAUAGCUGAGGUCAAGAAGAACCUCAACCCUGACGCGGAUGUGCAACUAUAUGCGACUCAUGACUGGGCUAAUGACCCAUACGCGAAAGGGGCCUGGAGCUGCUGGGGCCCUGGAGCUAUGUCGCAGUACCUUGCAGAGUUGCAGAAGCCUGAAGGUAGACUGAUCUUUGCGAGUGCUGACUGGGCUGAUGGUUGGAGGGGUUUCGUGGACGGGGCGCUUGAACGAGGGAAGCUGGCUGCACGUAACGCGUUGGAGAUUGUUCAGCAGAAAAGUUGUGCGAAACUGUAA